AUGGCUUGGGGACUGGCUGAUAGCAAGCAGCCAUUUUUGUGGGCUGUUCGACCCGGGUUAGUAGAUGGCUCAGACUGGAUCGAACCAUUGCCAGACGGGUUCAUGGAAAUUGUUGGUGGGUUAGGACACAUUGUGAAAUGGGCUCCUCAACAGGAAGUCCUAGCUCACCCUGCAACUGGAGCAUUUUGGACACGCAGUGGCUGGAACUCAACACUUGAGAGUAUCUGUGCUGGGGUCCCCAUGAUUUGCCAGCCUAAUUUUGGUGAUCAAAGGAUAAAUGCACGAUAUGUUAGUGAUGUUUGGAGGGUUGGGAUUCAUUUGGAGUAUAAGAUGGAGAGGAAGGAGAUGGAAAGAGCUAUUAGGAGAAUAAUGGUGGAAGCAGAGGGAGAAGAAAUCAGAGCAAGAAAUCAGGCCUUGAAGAAGAAGAUUUUCAGAACACUUCAUGUCAUCAAUUUGUUUGCAUACCAGACUUAA